AUGACGGCCGCCAAGCGAAAGCGAUCUCCAACUCCAGCUGCGCCAGCGGCGGUCCCGGCAAAGAAAGCAGCCGGCACGGUAGCGCCUCCACCGCCCCCCCUGCCGAAGCUGGUCCAGGUCGACUUGCCUGCCUGGACCGCGCAGUCCAAGCGCACGGACGCAACGAGCAUCAUGAAGAAGAUCGUUCCGUGGGUGCUGCAAGAGUUGCCCACACGCCUGGAAGCCGCCAAGCUCUGUCCCAAGGGCACUGCCCUGAGGGAGAUUUCCCCCUUGACCAUUGGGGACAACGUGCCGGGCAGCAGCAACAUGUGCAACUUCAAGGAGAUCUGGACGCCUCGCAACGCGGCCACAUCACUGAAAGCAUCCCGUAUGUACGAGGCGGGCGGCAGCCUGUACUGGCUGGACACCAACGUCCAGGCAGCAGCGGGGGAGCUGGACAGCUUUCUGGCUGAGCCCAGCUGGGAGGAUGUCCUGACCUUCGAGCAGGCACACAUUCCGGCCCAGGCCAGAAAGGCGGAUGGGCGGCUUUACUUUACGCAGACGUUGACCUGCUACAACCAGCUCCAGCAGUUGGUGCCCCCUGGCGACGGCUUCCCAACAAAUCUUUUCAUGAUGAGUGGCAAAAUCUACCUCUUCGCCUGGUUCACCGCCAUGGCGAGGGCGCUGGCAUCGGCAGACGACGAGCGCCUGCUGCGGUUGCACGAGAUGGCGCUCACGGUGACCGUCAGGGUGCAUGUGGAGGCACCCAUGGAUCAGAUGUUGACAUGGUCCAUGCACGCCAGCGAACUGCUGCGCACGGCUGAGGCCGCGGACACGUUUGUCUUGUUCGCGAAGAAGGUUCGCAAGUUGACCGCGGACCUUCAGUCUGCGGGCGAGGACACUGCGGACUUGAAGCAGGUCCUGGAGGACCGCAACAUCCUCUUCAACCGUGCAAAGGCCAACAAGACGAUGGUGACAGCUCUGAAUGUUGUCAUGGGUAUGCUGGGCCAGCGCAUGGAGAGCGUGCUGCUCUCCGUAGACCGAGAGUUCGGCUCAGAGGUUUGGACCAGCGGCUACAACAAGCUCAUGCGGCUGGGCCAGCUGGCCAGCAAAAUCGUUCAGCAGUGUGGCAAAGCCGGCGCAGACAGGGAUGUCAUCCAUUUCUGCUUGGAGGUGUCGCUCAUGUGUCUCCGGCGCGGCUACCUGGAUGCCUCUUUCUUCAAGCUGCCCACGCUGGACAGCAAAGGCAACGAUCGGCCAGGCUGGAUCGCUGUGGCGUGCACGAAGUACUUCUUGCUCCAGAGCAUCCUGCAGGCAGCGAGGACAGCCGCGGACAUGGGGGAGAAGCAGGAGCCAGCGCUGCGUCGAGACGCCGAGCUUAUGGAGAAGCUCUGCAACCCCAUCGAGUACGACAACGUCAUGCCAGCGGAAGAAGCAGGGGAUGCUGAUGCCGCCGAGGGAGACAAGUCAGGCGGUGACCUGACGGAGGGAGAUAUCGAUGCCAUGGAUGCUCUGGCCGCUGACUGCAGCAAGGGUGGGAAGCUCCUUGCGUGCUUGGUGCGCGACCUCUUCCAGGGCGAGUACGAAGCCGACCUGAAAACCGUGACCAAUGUCUCCAGUCCCUGGGACACGCUGCAGCAGACUGGAGAGAAAGAGACGAAGCUGGGCAAGGCGCUGAAGGCUGCCAUGGCGGCCUGGACCUCAGCCGCUCUGAACGACUCGUCCAAGGCAGGGUUCACUGCGUCCAGCAGCGUCGGCAACGCUGCACCGAUGACAUUGAGAUCGCUUAUGCGCACCGCCAGCGACGAGUCUGGAAAGGCUGCCGAGCGAGACCGGCUUUGGAAGGAAGCCCAAGCCCUGAGGAAGAAGAAAGUUCAGCUGGCCAUCAUGAAGGGCAAGGACACGUGGGCCGCUGUGUAUGGGAAAAGCUCAGCGAAAUCUUUCUGUGGCAGCCUCAACUCCCAGCAUCGCCUUUUCGUGCUGUCCAUGGAUCUGUGGACAGAGACGGCCGAAAGCCACGCCAAGACACAUGCUGUGGAUGCGUCUGAGGUCGACGGCGUCUUGAAGUGGCUCGUGACCAUGAACCAAGAUUCAGAUCUCAUUUUGGUUCUGGAUGGCUGCGAAGCGUCUAACCGAGAGACCAUCUUGAAAGCCUUGGGCGGCAGAGUCCCGGGCGGGGGCGGGCUGUUUAACUUUCACGCCUUGUACCAGGCACGUGGCCCCGGCGGUGUGGGCUUGGGCCGCAGCCGCAAGAUUUUUUGCGGCAGCUCCAACUUGGAGUCCCUCUACCUGCGCUUGUCAGUGCCACGAGUGCGGCUGUCCGUGAAAGAUCGGGACGAUUCCUACAAGCCGCCCGGCACGAUUGCAACGACGCACGACAUGAACAUCGUGGGCAUUGAGAAGAAUGACAGCCGCCGGGGUCCGUUGAUUAUCAAGUCGGAAAAAGCCCAGAUUUUCCCCGAGUCCGUGGAGCCCAGCUCCUGGAGAAAGAGCGAGGUGCCGCUCUUCUGGGCCUCGACGAAGUCCAUGGAGUUCUGGAUUACGGUUCUGAACAUGCUGGAUGUCUACCAAGUGGUAGACCUGACCCCAGGUGAUGGGGAGCUUGCUCGCGCGGCCAUGGCAACGGAGGCUGCUUACUUCGGCAUGCUGCGCAGCGAGGUGCACCUGGGGUGGUUGGCGAACGUGCUUGAGAAGCACGUGCUGCACAUGAUGGCGAAGGAAGGCUCAGCAUUCUUCAAGGAAGACACCGCCCACCUGAUACGUGACCACUUCGGGGAGCUGUUGGAGGAGUACGAGCAGGCAGAUGUAGACGACGAGGAGGAGCAAGAAGAGGCGUGA